AUGCGCCUCUCACUGCUCUGGCGGGGUGUGAGCCCCUUCACGCUUUUCCUGAUGGAUCAUAAGAACAACCCGGCACUGAAGGGGUGCGCCAUCUCGAAGCGGGGCCGCAUCCUCUCCAAGAUGUACAAGGAGCUCUCGCAGAACCAGCGGCGGGAGUUGAAGCAGCGCGCGGCGCGCCACCCGACUCUCCCGAAGCAGACGCGGAAACAGCGAGAAGAGGCCGCAAGCUUAGCGAGGGGAAAGCGCAGGGGGAAGUUUGCCAAGUUUGUGCGAGAAAACUACCACAAGGUGAAGAAGCUUAACUACCGCAAGCGAUUCAGUGCCCUCUCGCAGCUCUACGAUGUGUCCAAACCGCUAGAUGUCGAGAAGGAAGUUGCGAAGGCCCUCCCAAAGCUGACUGCCAAGGCACAAGCGAAGCGAAAAGCGGCAGUGAAGGCGGCAGUGAAGGCACACACCGAGGCCGAAAAGAAGGCGGCUGCGGCAUCUGGAAAGGCAAAGCCAACCAAAAGCCGAAGGAAGAUCAAAAGCGUUGCCAAGAAAGUCAAGCGUUCUGGCGCGUAA